UCAGUCCCAGUAGCAGGCGGGACCUGAUUAGAAAUGCUCAUCCCCAGUCUUCACGUCGGCCCUCCUGCAUCUGAGAGUCUAGGCACAGGCAGGGGGAACCCGGUCUGCGCUUCACGACCCUUGCGGGGAACCCUUAAGGCGGCGCCAGGGCCAGAGCCCCUUCUCCGGGGCCGCCCCCUUUGUGGAUCUCCAGGCAGAGCUCCCGGUCCUCCUACCGUCUCCCGCUCGUGGUCACGUGAGCUCACAAACUAACCCCCACACCCUCUUCUCGGUGUUUAAAAGGAAGAAGAGGCUCCUGGUUAAGUCGUGGGCGAUCUCUCCAGCUGCUGGCCCUUUUGACAGUCUCUGCGCCCCUGCCGCGAGGCCGUGGGAAACGCCGAGGCUGCAAGAACCACCUCUGGACACUUGCAGGGUGGAGAGGUGGCCGCCAGAGCUGGGGCGAGAGGGACCCUCGUGUGUGGCGACGGACAUUCCUGGCAUCCGGGGCUGCUGGUAAAGGCUGGCGACAGGGCAGGGUUGCGAGUUGCGCUCACUUUCUACAGCAGGUGGCCGGGAGCCAGCUCCGGGAGUGGAACUUCUCCUAGGAAAGCACGUGUGGAUAUUUUAGAGAAUGCAAGGCCGGCGUGUUUACCUGUAAGCCAUUAUACCUGCCCAUGAGUCCUUGAGUCCUUUAUAAUGUCCCUUUGUGCCUCUUCUCACAAGGAGUUUUCUCAGCUGCUGCCUGUUCAAGACAUGGAUAUCAAAAACUCGCCAUCUAGCCUUAACUCUCCUGCCUCCUACAACUGCAGUCAAUCUGUCCUACCCCUGGAUCAUGGCCCCAUAUAUAUCCCUUCCUCCUAUGUAGAGAGCCAUCACGAAUAUUCGUCCAUGACAUUCUAUAGCCCUGCUGUGAUGAAUUACAGUAUUUCUAGCACUUCAGAUAACAACGAAAGUGGGCUUGGUCAACAGACAGCAAGCCCACAUGUGUUAUGGCCAACUCCUGGGCACCUGUCUCCUUUAGCAAUUCACUGUCAGUCCUCACUUCUGUAUGCAGAGCCUCAAAAGAGUCCUUGGUGUGAAGCAAGAUCACUGGAACACACCUUACCUGUCAACAGAGAGACACUGAAGAGGAAGGUCAGUGUGAACCAUUGCACCAGCCCUGUUACUAGUCCAGGUUCAAAAAGGGAUGCUCACUUCUGUGCGGUCUGCAGCGAUUAUGCGUCUGGAUAUCACUAUGGAGUCUGGUCGUGUGAAGGAUGUAAGGCCUUUUUUAAAAGAAGCAUUCAAGGACAUAAUGAUUAUAUUUGCCCAGCUACGAAUCAGUGUACCAUAGAUAAGAACCGGCGUAAAAGCUGCCAGGCCUGCCGGCUUCGGAAGUGCUAUGAAGUAGGAAUGGUGAAAUGUGGCUCCAGGAGAGAAAGGUGCGGGUAUCACGUGGUGAAACGACAGAGGAGUUCCAGCGAGCAGCUGCACUGCCUGAGUAAAGCCAAGAAAACCAGUGGGCACCUGCCAAGAGCCAAGGAGCUGCUGCUGAGUGCCCUGAGCCCCGAGCAGCUGGUGCUCACCCUCCUCGAGGCGGAGCCACCCAACGUGCUGGUGAGCCGCCCCAGCACACCCUUCACAGAGGUCUCCAUGAUGAUGUCCCUCACCAAGCUGGCCGACAAGGAACUGGUGCACAUGAUUGGCUGGGCCAAGAAGAUUCCUGGUAUGCACCCUUUGGCUACAGCGAGCCAGGAGGCGGAGAGCAGCCGGAAGCUGACUCACCUGCUGAAUGCUGUGACUGACGCUCUGGUCUGGGUGAUCGCCAAGAGCGGCAUCUCUUCCCAGCAGCAGUCCGUUCGCCUGGCUAAUCUCUUGAUGCUCCUGUCUCACGUCAGGCACAUCAGUAACAAGGGCAUGGAACAUCUGCUCAGCAUGAAGUGCAAAAAUGUGGUUCCCGUGUAUGACCUGCUGCUGGAGAUGCUGAAUGCUCACACGCUCCGUGGGUACAAGUCCUCCGUCUCGGGGUCUGAGUGCAGUUCAGCAGAGGACAGAAAGAGCAAAGAGGGCUCCCAGAACCCACAGUCUCAGUGAUGCCUGGCCUGGAGGUAAAAAGGCCCACGUGAGGUCAAAGUCAGAAGCAUGAACUUAAGCAGAUUGGGAGCCUGGCCUUCACCGUAUCUCCACAGAGUGGCCCCUCAUCUGGGUAUGGCUGCCUCCAUCAUGUUUGGUCCUUCCCUACCUUCCACUUCUCAGGAGUCAGAGUGAGAAAAUCAGGUUUUCCUUGUACUGGGGGCACAUUUGAAUACAAAGUCCCAUGUUACAUGGCUGUCUAGGAUCUCAAUGUGGUCCCUUUCUUACUUUCCAUCUCCAUUCCACCUCUUUGAGAAAUAUCCUAAAGGUCUUGGAAUGAAUGGUGUAACUCUGACUUGGAAGUAUUGCAAAUUAGAACAUGACAUAUUGAUAGGAAAUGGACUAACCCUUACUGUGCACUCUGUAGUCCCUUUGGAAUUGACCUUUGGAUGCUCUCUUCUGGACCAUUUGAUUAUAGGAUCGAAAACCGCUAUGACAAUCAGUUAACUAGUUUCACGUACCUACCUCACAGGCCUGUGAGGACUGAUGUCAUGUUCUGAGGUUCUGUCAAAGACCAAGGGGACAGUGGUUAAACUGGCAUGUGAGCCUUGAUCUUCCU